AUGCGUAGCAUUCUGACUGCUAUUCUUUGUAUUGGGCUAACGGGCGUUGUCAAGGCUACGGACGGUCGUUGGGGACAAGGAUGCACCUACAUUACACUGACUAAGCAAAUAUAUUGUUUUGGUGGAGAACCAUUUUCAGACAGCAAGAAACAGAUUCCAGUAUAUUCUUUAAACGUAACCGACAACAGUGUAGUUGAUAUAUCGAAUCCAGUAUGGAACACUAUUGAAGGCGUCCCAAACAACAUCAGUCCAAGCGCUGCAAGUCGGUUUAUAUUUGCGGCAGUUCCGGGCACUGAUUUAGUAUACCUUAAGGGCGGAAUUGUGUGCACUGCCUGCACUUAUAACUCAGGAUACUUUUACAAUGUGUCCAACAAUCAAUGGACAAAAACGAAUACUGAGACACCAGUGUACGCUGCUGCUUUCACUCUUGUGAAUAACAAUCUUUACUACUUUGGUGGCAAAACUGUUCCUGCAACAGGUUUUGACACAUCGGUAACCAUAUUAUACAAUAACGUGUACUCUACAUCUAUGAAGACAGGAAUUGGUGGACCUACUAUCUUUCCUAAUGGUGGAUUACCGUUACCCCAAGCUACAUGGGCUGCUUCUAUGGUUUAUUCUACUACUUACUCAGUACUUCUUGUUGUUGGUGGAGAGCAAGGUUCUAGUGUAUCAGGACCUGUUGCCAUGGAUGAUAUUAUUGCUGUUAAUUUAAAAACGAGCGUAUACAGCAAGUGGAACGAUACGAUAUCUACAACUGGAAGUCUACCUCCUACUAGAUGGGCACACUCCCUGAUAAUGGAUCCUACUAAUACCAACGCCAUUAUGUUUGGUGGUUGUGAUAAUAAUGGAGGAGCAAUGAACGAUCUUUGGUUGUACAAUGUGGUUAAGCGUACUUGGUCCCCACAAAAGACAACUGGAACACCGCCUACCCCAAGGUGCCGGCACUCUGCUGUUGUAGUUGGAAAAUACAUGUUUAUUUUGUUCGGUGGAAAUAAUGACGUCUUCAACGCUGAUAUUAAUGUUGCUCUUGACAUGAAUACUUGGGAAUGGACCACUGCACCUGUUAUUGGCACUCCUCCUGUCUCUUCAUCUACACCCUCGAAACCUUCUUUAACCCCAUCAGACUCUAUCUCAAAACCGACUUCUUUUGAAGUUCUUAGCAGCAAUAAGGAGGACUCUUCUGGGAUUUCUGGGGGUGUUAUUGCGGGUAUUUCCGUUGGAGCCACCGCAGGCGUUGGAAUUAUUGGUGCACUCUUCUUCUUCUUCGUAUUUAAGAAACGAAAUAGAUAUUCAAGAGCAAAUAAUCAUGUAGAGUAUUUCACAAAAGAUGACAAUUUCAUCAGUAAGCAAAAUGCUCCAAUUCCCUCUCAUCUGAGUGAGGGAUAUAGAGAGAUCUCUCCAGGAAAAGAUAUAAGACCUAACCAGUUACUUCCUGGGCCUGCAUUACCAUCAGGCCGUAUAAUGCUUGCGCCUGUAAAGCAAAGUUGA